CAGCACCCUGUGGAUUAUACAGUAAUUUGGAUUUUGUUUUGUAACCUCACCCUGCUUUAAACUUCUCAACUUUAUUCGCGACCUUUCUGCUUUGUUCCGCUGCUCUUUUUGAUCACCUACAUUCUCUAACAAACCUUCAAAGGACAGCUGGCUGUCAAGUGAGAUUAAAUUUCACACAGUGAAACGGGUCUAAAGUUCUUGAGAUCAGACAUCUGAAUCCAACAAACGGUAAUGAAAGAAAAUACAAGAAUUUCUAACUUGCAUUGCAAGUUUGCAGAGAAGAGUUGGAAUGACACAUUUCAGCUUGUCCGACGCUGCAUGGAGAUUUCCAGGGAUGAAUCCAAACCUUGUGAGCCACUUGUGAGAUCUUUGGAGCGACUCCAAGAAGAGUUUCAGGCACCCUAUAUGAACAACAUAAAAUCCCGAUUGGAGAUUAUCGCCAGACAACAAGGGAUGGGUUUUCACUUCGCUGACGCCACCUGCUACCUGACAGCCGACUUAUUUUACCUGGAGGUGUUGCUGCUGCCAUCUGGUGAGGUGCAGGAGGUAAAGGUGGCCACACAUGGAGAACAUCCUGUUCCCAGUGUCUCACUUUUGCAUCUCCUCGGGUCCAAUAACUUUGAUGAUUUCUCCAUACGAUUGGGAGAAUUGUUUGCCCAAUACAAUAUUCCAGGAGACAAUGAAACCAAAUCCAAACUGUUAACAUCUCUAAAAUAUCUUUGGAAAGACCUUCAGCAAAUCUCGGAAAUGCCAAAUGAUUCAGAGGGCUGUGAAACCCAAAUGGACGUAAUAAACAGUGGGAGGGUUGGCUUGUUAAUGGCAGGAAAGCAAGAUUAUCCUCAGUCUCUGUACUUCUAUACCCAUCCAAAUGAUGGCCCAAAGAACUCUGAUUUGUCGUUUGAGGAGUUGUUAGAGUUCAAACCAGCUGUCCAGGCAGCCCAAGUUACAAUGGGUGUCAGUGAUUUGAGCCACAAGCUUCAGAUGACGUCUUUAAUCUCACAACCGCCUCAGCUGGAUGAUCAGCGUUGUCCCGUCUUCUUUCCACUCGGUGAUGUGAUCAAUGAGAUGCUGCCUGCAUGUUUCCUGCUCCGACUGAAGCCACCAAUACCUUUGCUCUCUUCUUUUAUUGAGAGAGUUGGACAAAUAACAGAUGUGCCUGUACCAGACUUGGACCUCCAGUGGGCGCCAUUACCCAAGCUUCUGUUGAAAGGUUCUGCAAGUGCAAACGGCCAGUCUGGUCCAUUAGAAGAACAGGAGAUCUUUAGAGUGGUUUUGCCUGAAGGUGAAAUACACACCUAUAUUCUACCUGAAGCUGCAUGGGAUGUUCCCACACAAAGAGCAGCUUUGCUGGACGGCGUUCCUUUCACCCACCCGGCUCAUGUCUGCGCCAUCUUGGAGCUGCUGCGUCACCAGUGUGCUUAUAACACCCUGCUGAACAGCUGUUUCACUCCUCUGAGUACCUGUCCAGGUUCUGUUUGUGAUCUGUACUUUGAAGUCCGUCCUGAGUCCACGACCAGCAUUUCUGUGACCUUCCACCACACUGACUCGCUGGCUGUUUUGCUGGUCAACAUAUCGAAUCCCCGUCAGAUCACCUGCAAAUUGUUUGGAGCAGGAUUAUCUGAUCCUGCCCUCGAUGAAUACACCUCUACAGUUCUAAUGAGCUGCAUGUCCAUUCCUGCGACCAUGAGGACAUUAUACAGCAGGCUCGAGGAAAUCACCACUGCUCCACUUUCCACCAGCCACUCAGCCGCCACAGAAGCUGAAAAUGACCACUUGAGUCCUGUGAUGGACACCGAUGGCCAGUUGCCUGCAGUCUCCCAAAGCGAAGCCAUGCCAGAGGAUAACAGCGUUCCCGGUUCAGCUUGCAGUACUGUAUCUGUGGCUACAUCUGAGCUGGAAAUAAAUGGCAGUAUGCUUGUCAACCCUUACCCAUUUGUUCCUGUGCAUGUAAUGGCAAACUGUCAGAGCUGAUCUGAAUGUAAAAGGAGUUUAGUGGCUGUUUAGGUCAAGCAUUACUGGACUUUAUUAAGAAACUGGAUGGUGUGUAACAGUUUCAGGUGCUGAUGGUUAAAUCUGUCUCUCAUUGCAUUCCAGUGUGGGAGAAAUGACUAGCUGUAAAGGUUUUUGAGGUCUGGCAUUUGACCUCAGAAGGACAUUUGGCAAGUUUCUUGUUACAAGUGAGCCAGUAAGACAUGGUUUAAAUGCAACUAUAAGGGUUUAUAAGAGAAAACGAAUCUGACAUUUUUGUUUUAGAUUUA